AUGGCGAACGUAACUGACAGCCACUUCAUCGUGGAAGCCACAAAUCAGUUUUUCAACACAUUGGAAAAAGAAUUAGUAUUUGACGAUGAAGUUGAUUCAUGGUUUUUAAUGCGAUCACCAUUGCCAGUUUUUUCUAUUGUAGCAGUUUAUUUAUUGUUCAUUUUAAAAAUCGGUCCUAAUAUGAUGAAGAACCGCGAACCAUAUCGGCUCAAACACAUUAUGUUAGUUUACAACCUUUUUCAAACAACUUAUAAUGCAUUUAUACUGUAUUGGUUAUUUUUUACACCUGGAGGAUUGUCUAGCAUGUGGAAUCAUUCAUGUCAUCCAAUUGAAAGAAGCAAAAAUACAUUCUUAUUAUAUGAGUUGAAUAAAGGAUCGUGGUACUUUUUCAUCUCCAAAGUCAUCGAUUUACUGGAUACGAUAUUCUUCGUUUUAAGAAAAAAACAGUCCCAAGUUACAUUUUUACAUGUAUACCAUCAUUCAAAUAUGGUCAUCACGUGUUGGGCAUAUUUGAGGUUCAUCAAAGGUGAACAAGCGACAUUACCCGGAGGAAUCAAUUCAUUUAUCCACACUAUCAUGUACUUCUAUUACUUCCUAGCGGCCUUGGGCCCACAAAUGCAACCUUAUUUAUGGUGGAAGAGAUAUUUGACAAGAAUGCAAAUUAUUCAAUUUGUAAUUGUUUUACUCUGGUACAUAGGACUAGUGUGUUUUAAUUGCGAUUAUCCGAAAGUUUAUAUUUAUUACAUGUUUGCGAAUGUAACACUCUUUCUAUACCUGUUCUCGUUGUUUUACAAAAAAACAUACACCAAAACCCCGAAAACGGUAAAAUCGAAUUAA